CCAGGCUUGACAUCGCCAAGAUCGUGCACCUUCAUCCUUGAUCUUGGCACGGUCCCGCGUGUGACAAAUGUGCUGAGGGUGUUCGAGGAUUUCUUUGACCUUCAAACUUUGUCUGCAACAUCAGAGACGCACCUCGCUAACGCCAAGUGCUGUCCGGAUCUCUCUCCCCUGUCAAGCUUCCAGUAUGGCCCGCCAGUUCCGAUUUGUUGCUGUCUCGAAUCCGGCGGAACCCCCUUCAUCCAAAUCCAAGAAAUUGGCCUAUUCACACGCCUUUCGCCAGGCGCACGCCCAGAGGAGACGCGAAGAAACAGAAAAGUACAGAAAGGAGAGAGCGAGUGUCCCGGUUAACCGAGUCUUUGCUGCAUCCGGGGAAGCCAUCUCGGCCCCCCUGAGCAAAGUACUCAACAGUAAUAAAGACCCGUUCUCAUCUUUGGCAAGACCGCUCUCAUCGACGGAAUAUUUCCUCCUCAAUCACUAUGUUCACGUCAUCGUACCAUUCACUGUUGGCCACUGCGGCUUAUUCGACCGUCCAGGAGACCACAAGACUGAGCUCCUUCGAGAAUGGGUUGGUCUCGCUAUCACAGAUGACACGCUCAUGGUCGCCGUUAUUCUCCUCAGUACAUGCCGCUACAUUCUGCAGGUCCAGCCAAGCAACCUCAUCAUUAUACGCUUGGCUCUGGAGUAUAAGCAGAUAUGCCUUCGGACACUGCUUCAAGAAAUGAGCAACACUUCAACUCCCGUCAAUACUUUGACGGUUGCUAAAGCAAUUGCCCUUGCGCUGGACGAGGUGACGGCAGGUGAGCAUGCCAUUGCCCAGAAGCAUCUCAAAGGCGUACUUGCUAUGGUUAAUUCCAGGGGUGGCGCAGGGGAGCUUGGCUUAACGGGUCUUUUAGAACGGAUGUACCAAAGGUUUAUGGAAACAUUGGAGAUGCUACAAAACGGAGCUCUCAACCUUACAACUAUAUUCUUCCCAUCUACAUUAACCCCCACCUAGGUAGAUUAACCAUAUCGUACACAUCUAACAAGGCCAGGUUACCAGCGUGCUUUUGGCUCAAGUCCA